GACGGCUCGAGGUUCGGGAAGCUGGGAAAGAACCCCGCGGUGAAGGCGGACUUUCUUCCAGAUCGUGACAGAGAGCUCGAGGACGCCAAGGAGGCUAUCCGGCUCAAAGAGGAGUACCGCGCGGCGAUGAAGGCCAAGCUGGAAUCGAGCUUCGACCUCCACUUCCUCUACUGGCAGUCGCGCGGCAUGCUCGGGCAGGACGUGCGCAAGAUCAAGUGCGUAAUGUCCGUCAAGUACGGAGAUUCCGUCGCCGACCUGCUCAACCGUUUCAGGGACGAUAACCACAGGGAGUACCCCGAGCUCGCGCACCUCACGGGGGAGCAGUGCAUGUUUGCGAAGGAGGGGCUCAUUGUGCCGGGCCACCACACGUGGUUUGAGCUCAUAAACACGGGCUGCGUGGUUCAGGACAAGGACGUGUUCAAGGACCUCGACUCCCCUAAAUUCGUCACAGACAAGGACAAGGCGAACGAGAGGAAGGCUGGGAUCGAGGUCAAGGAGUCGCUCAAGCUCUACUCGUACUUGGACGCGGGAUGUGUCAUGGACAGGAAGUGGUUCGAUCGGAACAGCAAGACGUUUCCGAUGUGCAAGUGGGAGGUGUACAACCCGCGGAAAGAUUACCGAACCGCCUUC